AUGCCUAGCUCACUGCGCACGAGCCGAGAAAUUACAUGUCUCUCCCCAUCUCAAAGCAAGCCGAUACCGCACCGUCUCAGCCCGCCUCUCCUUCCCCCAGGUUUUGAUAAUCUCAAGACCGCAAUACCAGCACUGACCCGCCCCCGUAAACCAGCCGCAACACGCAAAAACGCCGCCGCAGACAUGCCUGACCAAUCGGACGAUGGCCGUCCAACUUCACUUCCCACUUCCGUCUCAUCCCGCCCGCAUUCCGCCCGCAAAUGCACACGCUUGGCCCUCAAUCUCCGAAACUCACUGCUGCAUCUCAUACCUGGUGUCCUAGAGUUUUGUUGA